UGUAGAAUAGCUGCCUUCACUCAAAUACAUCAUGUUAUAAAUAUGUUCUUAACAGAUAUAAGCUUAGAUACACUUAUCAUCUAACACUUUUACUGAGCUUGCGGAAGCAUCGGUUUUUCAGGUGGAACAUGUUUUAGGGCUCAGCGAGCUGUUUCAGGCAUACUUGGAUGAGUAAAAUGCCAGCUUUCCUAGCCAGACAUGAAAAGAGUAUUGUAGAUUUGUGAUCUUUCAUUGAGAAAGACAUGUACUUCAGGUAGCAUACAUGCUGUAAGAGGUUGCAAAAUAAGGUAAUGGCAGAAGUUGUUUAAAACAGCCGUUUUAGAAUUGGCAGGAAUCUGAAGAGGGCUGCUGAUGGUAUUUGGGAUUUGGCAGAAGAUGAGGAGCUUAGUUCAAGUAAAUAUACUUGUUUUUGAAACUGUGGACUUUCGGUGAUAUUCGGCCUAAUAAAAAGGCAAGUUACUGUAAGUUUGUUUAGCAUUAAGAUUGAUUUACUUAUUCAAGCUUGCAUACGUAUAUUUGACUGUGAUUUCAAAGUGAAAUGCUCUGUAGUCAGAGGUCAGCAUUAAAGUAGUUUGUUUUUACAAGCAAAAUCCCAAGUACAGAAUAACAAUAUAUAGUACUUAUCCAGACCAAAGACAUAUAAUUAAAUGUAAUGAAUUUCUGACAUGUAACACAAUCCAUGUGGAUAUUUAUUUUUGAAUUAUUUUGUUGUUGCCGGGAGUGACUUUUCUGCGUUUCUUUAUUUUCCUUUAAAAAUACCAGACAAAUGGUAGCACUCCAGACCCACAGCGAUAUUUGCAUCUGGAACCGGGUUUAUUUCUGAAUGGAUGUUUUAUAAACCAUAAUCUGAACACAGCAGAGGAACCCAACAUCCCUGGCCACAUAGGCCUCGGUUGGAGGAAACCGAGAUGUAUAAUUUACACAGUUUUUUAUCAUGACAGAAAUCUAUGGCAUUCUGGGAAAAAGGCAACCAAACAGCUCUGGAACAGAACGUCUGAAGUGUGAGUGCAGAAGAAAUAUAAUAAACAAGAGUCAGGCACAAGUUCCUCUGGUUCAACUGUUUGACAAAAACUUUUGAUCUUCUUUGAGAUGAACUCGAAGUAACUCCAAAUAUUGUCUUACCCAGGCAAAGUGGUCAAAUUUUGAGUACUUCCUCUAUUAUUUUAAGUUCUUAGCAGGACAUCCAAAAACAACAGGCAAUGCAAAACAAAAGCAUAGGUUCACGCUUGGAGAAUAUUUGGCACUUGGCCUGUUAAAAAUGGAUUAUACAGUCAUUCACAGUGCUUGAGUGCUGGGAUUCGCAUUCUGUCUCAAGGGAUUUUCAGUUUUUCUGCCCUCUCUUUUAUCUGACUUAAAGGGAAUUUUCCUUUCCCCGUUCUGGAUUUUUUAAACGCUUCCUCUUUGGAAUUAAAGGGAAAUUAAUUUUUUGCACACCCGUACCUCUUGCCGCCAUGAGUCUGGGGAAACUGCCGGGCAUCAAAGGCCUGGUGUCCACGUCUCACGGAAAGCGUCGCUUUAAGAGCGACCUCUCCGUGGACAUGAUCAGCCCGCCGCUGGGGGACUUCCGGCACACCAUGCAUGUGGGCCGCGGCGGGGACGUGUUCGGCGACACCUCCUUCCUCAGUAACCACGGCGGUCCCGGUAACGAGGAGGAGGCCCCGGACUCCCCCUCCGGGAGCUCCAAGACCGCCCGGUUCUUCUCCCGCACCCUGCGUCACGUCCGCCGGACCCCGGGCCAGCCCCGGGGCGGCUCCCGGGACCUCUCCUCGCCACCGCCGCCCAUCUCCCCCAUCAUCAAGAACGCCAUCUCACUGCCCCAGCUGGACGUGGACAGUCCCAACGGCUGCCUGCAGAGGGUGCUGUUUCCCAGCUCUCCCAGCUGCCCAGAGGGCUCUGCAUACUCCUAUGGCCUGCAGUCGGGAUUCGUCACCCUGCCGCGCUUCUCCCGCUCAGACCGCCAGCUGCAGGACGGUUCCGGGACCUACUCUCCGGAGUUCCGCCGCGGUUCCCUCCCGGACAGCGGCGGCUUCUCUCUGACGCGCUCCGACUCCAUGACCUCCUUCACCAUAGAUCUGGGGCCCUCCCUAAUGAGCGAGGUCUUCGGUGUUAUUGACAGCCCCAACUACAGCCAGAAGGCCAAUUACAGCUGGGGGGAAGAGGAGGAGGAGGAGCAGGAGGAGGAGACAAGCUCCACCCCUGAGCCGAUGGUUGACAGCCCAAUGACCCAUUCAGCCUCUGCGUCCAUGGUAGGCUCCCCGUUGAGAGAGGGAGUGAACAGCAGGGGGAGCUCUGGAGACCCAGGGUGGGGCGCAGAGGAAGAGGAGGAAGAGGAGGAAGAGGAGGAUGCCGCUCAUAAUGUGGUCAUGAUGUCUCCUUCGAGGCUGGAGCCAGGAAUGGAGCCCGAGAGGUUCCAGAGGGCAGCUGAUGUGCUGGCACGUCAUUACGGAGGAGGCGGGUUCUUAAAAGGGCAACAGCAGGCUGCUGAUGGCGGGGACCACCCACAUGACACAGACUCCUGCACCCGUCUCCAGAGGAGGGCACCGUACGCCUUCCCCGAGGAAGAGGACGAAAUAAAAGUCUGAACCAAAAUGACUCCAGGGUUCUGGGUGACAGCUGAUCCAGGUGUUUCAUUGGUACACUUGUACCCAUGUCUGUCACAUCACUCCAGGGAAACAUUAGCGCUUUGAUCCUUGGAGAAUUCUCAAACCGGCUGGAUUCAUCUCAUCCCCUUUGAGAGUGAUUAAAAUAGUUGAAUGCCAUGACUAUCCACAGAUUGAUUGAUAAAAACACCCUGAAAUUAAGUGCCCCUUUUCAACAUGCAACAGGACAUGCAUGCGGAUCUGCAAUUCCAAUGUGUCUGAAAGAGGUGAAUCAGAGUUUUGUGAACUGGAAAUAAGGGAACGGUAAAAAAAAACAAGUGUUUCUAGUGUCCUAAGUGUUUUUGUAAUCAUUCUACCUGAUUAACAAGUGUGCCAAUGUAAAUAUGCAUCACCCAUCAACAGCUGCAUUUCGCACUUGCGCUUAAUGCAGUGCCUUUACCUCAUAUUAAAACUGUUAUUAUAAGGAUAAGACUGGCAUAAAGUUAAGGCCCAUCUCUUCAUUGUAGUCACAUAAUUUCAAGCGACCCUAUCUUUUUUAAAAAAAUUGUAAAAUCAUAAAUUUAUUUAAUGGCAGGUCUGCCAAAAGUGAGGGAGCUACAGAUGGGUGAUGAUUAAUUAAACUGAGAGCAUUUGUUAAUCAUGAAAGAAAAUCAGAAACAGCUUCAGGACGAUUAGCAGUCCAAAGGUACGUGUUUCGGGUCCACAAUUUCAAGCUCCUGUGCCCUCAUUCUCCAUUUAGAGGCAGAAUAAAACCCUAGUUGGGUCAGAGCUCUCCAGCCACAGUCAUAGAAACACUUAGGGUACUUUCAGACCCAUUUCAUUUGACAAUUUUUUUAAAGUGCAGGCUGUUUCAUUUGGCCCUGAAUGUGAACCCACUGACAGUGAAGUAAACGCACCAGGAUGCGAAUUUAAACAAUCCAACUGAAAUCACCACAGAGGAGCAUCUCUCAGAAAGAGCUCCAGACUGUGGGAGUGAUGUCUGGUAAAGUGAUAUAUUUUGGUUCAGUCAGCACAUGUCACUCAUGAAUUAUUUCUGAAAGGACAGUGACUUGUACACAAUGCCUUCAGCUGGUUCUGUUUCUAAUGCACUUAAUUGGUAAAAGCUCCCAAGGACACACAGGAAACUCAAACACAUUACAUGUGAAGUGUCUGUUGUCUCCACCUACCUGAAUAUUCUCUAGAGAACUUCUACUGCAUGUAAAUCGUAGUAAGUGUAAUUGAAAAGCCAUAACGUGAAACCAGACAAUUUUUUUUGUCCACCUGUAGCAGAACGAAACAAACAAAUCUGUUUACAGGUGGAUCCAAGUCUGAUUAAAUUUCCCUUGUUUGAAAGUGACAAAGUACACAAGGAAGCAAAUCACUUACAAGUGAGAUUGGUGUGAACUUGCCCUUAGUUGAAUACUUCACCAUAAACUGGCAACAAUAUUUCAAAAUGAAUAUGAAAACUGUCUCAAGAGUUUUUUUUUUUGUAAAUAGAAGCUACUUAUGCUCAGUAAGGCAGUCCACACUGUCCUGCCCUUGUUUUAAAGAGAUACAUUUAAGUUGCUGGAAAAUACUGUACAACAACAAGACAUCAGGGGAUUCAUUACACUAUAGCUAUGUCGCUUGUGUCUCUCCCCCCCUGCCCCC